GCAGGUCGACGUGUAGCGCUGUGAUCUAGGGAGACGAGUGUACAGUGUGAACGUGUGUUUGUGGGUGUCGAGGCCGAAGCAAGCGCUGUUUUAUCGCCAUAUCUUUGAGGCGAAAAGGGAGCCUUUCUGAGCUCUGAGCUCUGACCCCGACCCAAGGAGAGGCCCCGUUGGCGUGGGUUCCGUUGGGAUAAGUUUCACGAUUAUUUCGAGGUCAAGUGAGGUCAAAGGUCACUGAUGGGUUCCAGCCCAGGUCGGAAGAAAAGGGUCAGAAUGUCGCUCUGGAUCAAGUUUACUAGGCUCAUCAACCUGUUUCUUGGCCUUGUGCUUGCAUUGACAGCCUACUUGCAGUCACAGUUGCCAAACCCCAGGCUGCAGAGUGGCUGGAGGUGAAGGCGGUGGUGUCCCUCCACAUUGGCUGCUGCCUCAGCCUCCUGGUGUACUUGGGGACUCAGCUGGUGAACAACAUGGCGCAUGAGAAGAACAUUUUCCUUAUGUUCGAGAACACUCCGGGUGGAAGGAAUUCGUAUAAUCCUCUUCAUUACAGGGAAGGAUGGGAAAGCUUGGCUGUUCUCAUGGUGGUGGGUUGGCUUAAGUUCCUCACUAUGACGACCAGGGAACACCUCAGGAAAUCGGGCGUCUCCGCUGUCGAGAUGUCCCCCGACCGGAUGCUGAGGACCGUCUUCGUCAUGAUGGCGGUGGUGGUCGUCCUCAUGGGCUUCUGGCAUGUGGACAGCCUCGUGCCCGUCGCCAACCGCAUCGCCAGCCUCGCCCGCACGGUGCACGCAGUCAUGAAUGAUCCUAAGCCGCCCGUUUUCAGUAAUGUGGCUCGGCCGCAGGAGCAUGCGGCGUGAGAGAG